AUGUAUAUACUCCCACUUCCCUGUACAAACAUAAAUUGACGGCUUUGAACAAACAGGACUUUUAUUUUCGCGGAUGUUUUCCCAUAAUGGCGCUCGGCCGGAAACAGUAUCGCUGCCUGUACAAGAGAUGCCUUCAGGUGCUACCAGAGCGAUACGCUUCAUAUGAAACUAGCAGGUUGACAAUUGUGUUCUUUGCCCUGUCUGGACUUGAUGUUCUUGAAGCCUUGGAUGUUGUAGACAAGCCCAGCUUGAUUGAGUGGAUCUACUCAUUACAGGUUUUACCCACAGAAGAUCAAUCUAAUCUUUGGCGCUGUGGCUUCCGGGGAUCAUCACACAUUGGAGUUCCAUACAAUGCCUCAAAGGGCCCUGGAACUCCUCAUCCAUAUGACAGUGGCCAUGUGGCUAUGACCUACACUGGCCUGGCCUGUCUCAUUAUUCUGGGAGAUGACCUGAGACGCAUCAAUAAGGAGGCCUGUCUGGCGGGUUUGAAGGCCCUACAGCUGGAGGAUGGCAGUUUCUAUGCUGUGCCUGAGGGAAGUGAGAAUGACAUGAGGUUUGUGUACUGCGCUGCAUGCAUCUGCUACAUGCUGGACGACUGGUCGGGAAUGGACUGCACAAAAGCCAUCGAUUACAUCAGGAGAAGCAUGUCCUAUGAUAAUGGCAUUGGUCAAGGAGCUGGCUUGGAGUCUCACGGAGGCUCCACUUUUUGUGCCAUAGCCACACUGUGUCUGAUGGGUAAAUUAGAGGAGAUGUUCAGCGAGCGAGAACUGAACCGAAUACGCAGGUGGUGCAUACUCAGACAGCAGGAUGGUUUCCAUGGACGCCCCAAUAAACCUGUGGAUACGUGUUACUCAUUCUGGGUGGGAGCGACACUGGAGCUCCUUGAUGUAUUUCAAUACACCGAUUUUGAGAAGAACCGAAACUACAUCAUGUCCACUCAAGACAGUUUGGUUGGUGGAUUUGCUAAAUGGCCAGACAGCCAUCCAGACCCUCUGCACACCUAUUUUGGCAUCUGCGGCCUGUCUUUGAUAGGUGAGCCCAGUCUGCUGAAGGUGCACCCCGCGCUGAACAUCAGCUACAGAGCCUUCGAGUGCAUGCAGCAGCUGCACCGGACGUGGAGGGAGAGCUGCACAUGACAGCCUGACGUACAUACAUACAUAAAUACAAAUAUACAUACAACCACAGCAGCCUCCAAAUCACGUGCAAAGACGCACCUUGUCCCUCUGAGCCCAGCUGCGUUAACAUUAGCAGUAGAUAGAAACCAAGCUGACCAUGGACCGUCUCCCAUAAUGGAGGCAGUGAGGAGGCGAUGAAUAAAUAAGUGGGUCCAGCCUAAUCAAUUAUUCACUCUGAAACUGCUGUCAGUCGCUGCUUAACCCAUGCAGAACGCUGUUUGGGUCCUUCAUGCAUCAAGAAGACAUAUUGUUCGUCACUGGUGAUUCUUGAAAUGUCCAGGUCAUUCAUUCUGAUGCUUUUUUAAUUGUUUUUUGCUUUCAAUAUGUUUUACUUCUCUAUAUAAAACUCUAAUAAGAAUACUGUCCAUUAUAAUAUCCGUUCAAGCAAAAUGUCCUUAUAAAAUAUACUUUAAACCGUUCUUUGUUACAAUCAUGUGAUCUCCAAUAACACGCCACAUGUAUUUCAAACUUACUUUCUUUUCAAGAGCAACGGUUAUUUGCAUCGUUUUAGUAACGAACAGAGCACACCUUCUCCUCAGUGUAUGUGCCUCAGAUAAAUAACUCACUGAUUAAUAACUCGUCCUUCCAUAAACCCUACACCACAUUGCUGCAAAUUGACGUCACUUCUCAAAAAGACACUUGAAUGUGUUCCAGCAAAAUUGGAGAAUUUAUUUUUUCUAUGCCUAUAAUAAAAUAUAUAUAUAAAUGUUAGAAGUAAAAACAAAGCCUUUCUAUAAUUAUGAAAUGCCAAUACUGUAAAUGACUAUUUCAGUGUGAUUAAUAAAUAACCGCCUUUUAUGUCAGAAGAACGUUUAUAACUGUGCCUGUGAGCCAGUGUGUAUUUAAAUGGGGGAAAGAAAUAAAGUAUUGAAUUUCUGUUUCA